AUGAUUAUAAUGAUUUUACUGUUUUUGAUACUUCCAAAUUUAUUUUUUCAGGUUCAUUGUCAAAAUGAAACCAAUUUCUUAAAUGAUUAUGGACAUUAUGCUGAUAGUCGAAUGAGAGCAAUUGGAGAAUAUUUCAGUGAUUUAAUGGGAUGUGGAGCUGAAGGAUGGUGCGCUUUCAGGUGUUGCCCAACAGAAAGACAUCAACACAUCGCUCGAACGAAUCAAGCGCCACGCCGAGUUUAUCCAAAUCCUGUAUUCGGAAACUCUAGAAACAUUCAAAACACUGGAUCCUCUCGCCGUACAAUGAGUAUGAGCCGAUAUCCAUAUGUAAACCGUAAUCCGGCAGUGAAAACCACAACGGUAGCUACUCUUUUGAAAUCUUGUGCUAACGCUUGCAUGCCACAAUGCAGUCCAAGAUGCUUACAGAGAUACAACCAAAUUGUUGCUUCCUUUAUGAACUCUUUAACAGCAAUUGAUGUGAUGGGUCAGCCUGUUAAUGAGGAGCCCAGAAAAAAUGUUAGAUUUUCUCCUAAAAAGAAUGUCGAAUGUCGCGAUGAGUGUAUGCCAUAUUGUACUCCGCAGUGCUUGGACGCUUAUUCAGCGGCUGAGCUGAAUUCAAAGCGUAAAGUUUGCAAAGCUGUGUGUAUGCCGGAUUGCACAGAAGAAUGUGUCACUGCUCCACCUCUCAUGGUUCCUUGUAUUUUUGAUAACAUCUGCCACUGUCCAGCUGGCUACGUGAGAUGUAGUGAAAUGACAUGCUGCAUGAAAUACAAAACGAUGGCGGUCCGAUAUAGAAACCGAAUGACAUCAAUGAGUUUCAGUGAUGAUGACGAGCAUGAGAACAAGAAUUCUGGAAAUGAAACAUCGGUUUAUAUGUCAGAGUUACGUAAUAUGGGAGGUGCACCUGCGGCGAUCAAAUCUACUACGAUAUCUAUGAGAACAUUACCCAAUAAUAGCUCAAUCGUGUACUACCCAGAGCAAGGAAAGGCUGAAAUUCUCAAGAACGAUGGAAGUAUAGUGGUAGAAGUGAUGGAGUCUGCUGUUGAAGAAGACAAUAAAUAA